AUGUUUGACGAAAAAACACAUCCAGACCAUCCAACAAGUCCAAUAUAUUCUGAGAACUAUAUUCAGUCGGAUUUUCUGGAUGCACCUAUCUCUCCGAAAAAUCCUUCAAAUCAUACAAAAAAAUCUCUUUCACUUACACCAGAAUACACUCAUUCACCAAAUAUAUCUCACGAUGUUAAAUAUACUCACAUGGACAACAGCUUAACUGUAAAUAUGCAACUCUCAUACAAAAUAGACCUAUUUCGACGUGGCAUUACACAGAUUCAAACACUUAUUUCUCAAAAUGUUCUUCAAAUGUGUGGUAAUUCAGUCGUCCUGCUCAUUUGUCAUGCAAUCACAAAUAUUCAAGUAGUAAUAGCGAAUGUAACAGAUAUCCCAUGCAAAGAUGCAACAUUGUGCGUACUUUUGCAACAGAUUUUGGAAAGGAUGAAUGACUGUUUACUAUUGAGCACAGAAAUGUUAUAUACAUAUCAAUUUUCUAAUGUUCCUCUUGCUUGGAGACGAUUGUAUGCAUAUGCAAGUGCAUUUAAAGCAAUGGCAGAGAUGAGUAUGCAUCAAACAGAAGCCAAGAUAAUAGAGACCCUUGAUAUGGCACUAAUUAUGACGGGAGGGGUCGAUAUUAAGCAUUUUUUAAUGGAACUAGUGAAUAUACAGAAUCCAAAGGCUUUGUCAAAUCAAGAAAUAUUACCUACUUUUCAUCCAGAAAAAAAUAUUGAACAAGUAACAAUUCACUUUCCAAUUCGCAGCAUGCAAUCACCAUCUGUACACACAUUUCAAAAUGAUAUAUUAGCAGUCCAACAGCCACUCAUCAUAAAGAAUAGCAUUAAUCAUUGGCCAGCAUUAUCUCAAGAAGGCUGGAUAAAAAUUGAUACCUUAUUAAACAAAACACACCAAGGUCUUCGUAUUGUUCCUGUAGAAAUAGGAAGGAAUUAUACAGAUCAAGCAUGGGGACAACAAUUAAUGCCUUUUUAUGAAUUUCUGAAGAAAUAUAUUUUACAAACAAAAAAAACAUCUAAUACACACGGAACAGAGAAAGAGGAAAUCGGCUAUCUUGCUCAACAUGAUAUAUUUUCUCAAAUACCAGCAUUAAGAGAAGACAUCAUGGUGCCCGAUUAUUGCUUUACAACACCACCUCCUAUACCUUCUCAUCUUCAAGCAUUUAUUGAAGAAAUGCCGCUCCUUCAUGAACCUCUUUUAAAUGCAUGGUUUGGAGGGAAAGGAACAGUUAGUCCUUUACAUACAGAUCCCUAUCACAAUAUUUUUUCUCAAAUAGUAGGGUGGAAAUAUGUGAGAUUAUAUGCGCCCGAGGAAAACGAAGCUUUAUAUCCUCGAUCAUUUGAAGGAGGCAUAAAUAUGAGCAAUACGAGUCAGAUUGAUCUCGAUAAUCUAGAUACCAAAAAAUUCCCAAAAUUUUCAAACGCAAAAUAUGUAGAAGGCAUUAUUGGUCCUGGUGACUGUCUUUAUAUCCCAGUGGGUUGGUGGCAUUAUGUAAGAAGUUUAAGUGUAAGUUUUAGCGUAAGUUUUUGGUGGAAUUAA